UUAAACUUAGGGGAGGUGAGCCCAAAGCGGGUAUACCAGCUAAAGCGGGUAGGCCUCGUUAUUCAUGCAUACAAGCAUAUAGUGUAAAUGUGUGCGUGCCGCGGCGACGCCCGAACGCGUACCAACACGAAUCAGUUUGACGGAAACGUCAGCGACGCGCGGCGGCGUUUUGAGCGGCGGGUGUUUUUAUUGGCCUGUUUUGUUAAAAAAUAUCAAGAUGGUUCAAAAAUACAAAAGGAAGACCAAACAAGCUUCUUGGGACGUGGAGACAAUGAAGUUGGCAAUGGAAGAGGCAAAGAAGGGCUCAGUAAAUGGUGCUGCAAAAAAAUAUGGUAUAAAUUUAUCAACAUUACAAAGGCAUAUAAAAAAAGGCUCCGCAGACAAAAAACUCGGUAGGUUUUCUACAGUUUUUAAUGACCAACAAGAAUCUGAAUUAAUAGAAUAUUUGUUUCAUAUGGAUAACCUUUUUUAUGGUCUGACAAAAUCUGAAUUUUUAUCUCUAGUAUAUCAAUACGCAGAGAGCAAUAGAAUUCCGCACCCUUUUAAAAAGAAAACUGCUGGAGAAGAUUGGUAUAGAGCCUUUGCAACAAGACAUCCCGAAUUAACUUUGAGAAAGCCAGAGCCAACGUCAGUAGCCCGUGCCCGAGGUUUUAAUAGACCGCAAGUUGAGAGGUUUUUUGAUCUUUUACAAGAUCAAGUAGAUCGCAAUGAAAUCAACGCGACUAGAAUUUACAAUGUUGACGAAACGGGUGUGCGCACCACCAGCAAUAAACCACCAAAAAUUCUCACCAGAACUGGAAAAAAACAAGUAGGAAUAAUAUCAAGUACUGAAAGAGGAAAAUUGACAACAAUUGUGUGUUGCUGCAAUGCAGCUGGAUCUUUUAUUCCUCCAUUUAUGAUAUUUUCUCGAAAACGUAUGAACCCCCGACUGCUUGAUGGAUCACCACCAGGCACAGUAGCUACUUGUUCUGAUAGUGGAUGGAUUUCCGGUCCAAUUUUUUUAGACUGGCUACGCCAUUUUGUAGAGGUGACGAGACCCACUAAGGAAAAUAAAGUAAUACUUGUGAUGGAUAACCACAUUUCUCAUAAAUAUCUGCCAGCAUUAGAAUAUGCCUCAAAAAAUAAUGUGAUAUUUAUUUCAUUACCUCCACACACCAGUCACCGAACUCAACCACUAGAUGUAAGCGUAUAUGGCCCUUUAAAAACCUAUUUUGAACAGACGGUUUCGGUUUACCAACGAUCUCAUGUGGGACGAACCAUUUCACCAUUUGAAAUUGGUCAGCUGUUUGGCGACGCUUACCUGAAAGCAGCUUCUGCUCAAAAUGCUGUAAAUGGAUUUAAGGCAACUGGUAUAUGGCCAGUAAACCGACAUAUAUUUAGCGAUGAUGAUUAUCUUCCUUCAUCCUUGACAGACAGGCCGCUGGCAUUAAAUGCAUGUGACGUUUUGAUUUCUAAUACGAUAGCCACUGAACAUCUUCCAAACACCUCUGUCAAUGAUCCUCCUGAAGAUAAUGAAAUCGAUACCAUAAUCGCUACUGAACCUGCCAAUGUUCAAGAAAACUUUGACCCUGAUAUUCCCAUAGACAUUCCAGGUGACAAUACUAUCGACCAUCCACAAAUGCAAAAUUAUAGUCCUGGUCGCCUUUCUGUAGACUCCGAUCGCACAAUUUCCCCGUCAGUAUUAGAUAGAAUGCUUGAAGACAUUGACAGCAACACCCCUAGACCUGAGGAAGUUCUGCUUGUUAAAACAGUGAUUCCUGAAUGUGUUACACCUACCAAGGUAACCCCAAUGGACAUUCGCCCUAUACCUAAACUAACUGCACCAAAGACAUCACGUAAACGAAGAGCACAAAAGUCAGAAAUUUUAACCAGCACUCCCAUUAAAGAGCAACAGAGAGAAAUUGAGUCUAAGAAACAGAAAGUAUCACUUAAGAAACUUAAAGAAAAAGUAAAGUCUGUGUCUAAAAAAAAUCCACCUGUGGCCAAAAAAGGUAAAAAACAAAAAGCCUCGACCUCGAACACAAAAAAAAUUACUGGAAGCGGAAAGACAAGGAAGCACGCAGAAGAAAAAAGUGUCUGCUUCAUAUGCCACGAGAUGUACGAAGAUCCACCAAUAGAAGACUGGAUAAGGUGCGAUGAUUGUCAUGGUUGGGCUCAUGAAGAGUGUACAAGCUAUUUAGGCAAAGGGGCCUACUAUUGUGAUCUAUGUCAAGAAUAGUAACACAAAAAAAAUCACGUAAAGUUUCUGAACAUUUUAUUUUGUGCAACCUUUUAUUAUUUUAAUUUUUCGAUAUUUUUACUUUUGAUUAGAUACUAAACUAAUCACAAAACCUUUUUUUAUAUAAAUAAAUGUAGCAGUAACUAAUUAAGACUGACGAAUUUGAUUAAAAAGACUGAUUUUUUUUGAAGCAAUGAUUGUUGAUUAGAUAUAAGAUAAAAAAAAAUCUAAAUACUGGCUGUUAAUUAAUUUAAUUUCAAUUUAAAUUUGAUUGUGUACAACUUUUUGAAAAGUUUUAGGAUAUUUUUAUUAUUUUGUUAUCAUUAUUUAGUUUUUAAGAAAAAAAUCUCAUUGUUACUCGCCUUGCCCAGUCUUGACCCGUUUUGCCCUAAGGGCCAUACCCGCUUUAGGCACCCCCUACGGGUAAAGCAGGUAAUAUGAACAACUGAAUAAUUUUUAAGUUUUUGAAGAAAUUUAUGAAGAAAGAAGUGUUUUUUAGUUUUUGUUACAAAGUUUAAUACAUAUUUGUACGAAAUAAUUAAAAAAAACCACUUUGCAACUGCAAUAACCUCUUUAUUUUUUGACACAAACCUUGAGGUACCCGCUUUGGGCCCAUCUCCCCUAUAUU